CCGGCUUCCGCCUCCCCCCGACCACAGUUCCCUGCCCCGAGUGCUUUUCUUCUCUGCCCCCCCCCCCGCCCUCGUUUGGCCUUUUUCACCACCCCAGCCCACCAUGUUGAUCCGUCGGACAUGGUUCAUGUUCCAGAUGGUCCCGGUGGCCAUCGCCUUCUCGGUGCUCCUCAACGUCGGCUUCAGCGCCGUGCAGCACUCCACCUACUGGGAACACCGGCGCGCGCGUGUUGAGCAGCAGCAGCUGGAGGAUUUCCGCAAGAAGGUCGAGCAGGGCACGGCCACGCCCCUGUUCGGCGACAAGGGAGUCAUCCCGCCAUUCAUGCGCCGGGAUGGGUGAGCAGCAUGCCUACAUUGCUGUCCAUCCCCCGGUUGUGGCCGUCAACUCCUCCUGCUCCAAUAUACGCGUAACAUACACACA